ACACUGAGCAGAUCCAAAGACCACAUUCUUCUACAAAAACCCUGUGAAAGCCCAAGAAAUGGUGGUUUUUGCCACUAUUUCUUUCAGUUUCCACCAUCCCACUGACGGUUCGUGGAAGAAGAUAAAUGCCUUUCCUUUGAGUUCUCCCCCAAGACUCUUUGUUCAUCUUAGGUCCAGCUUAAAUGUCACUUUUGUAAAGACAUCCUCCCUGAUUCCCUAGCCUUACUGUUCUUUCCUUGUGCUUUCUACACCUUUUCAGAUUCUCAAAUCAAUGUAAAUUAUGAAGCUCUCCCGUGCACGAAGCCCAGGGAAACAAGGUUAUGAUCAGAGGCUGGGCGACAAGGUGCCAACACUAGUCCAGGGAUUUGGAUGUGCCUUCACCGGCCAGGUUUUGGGGGACAGUCACCCACUUAAGGCACUUGGGGGUACUUCCAUGGGACUGGCCACCACAGAGGCAAUGACAAGCCCCGGGCUCUGCAGUCAUCUUCAAGGAACCCGCACGAGGUGGGGUAAGUGCAGAGGAACGUUCAGCGUUCCAGGGGCACCGUCACAGGUCCGCGACGUCAUCACGUGCCGGAGGGGCUGUCACGUGCCGGAACUCCGUCACGUGCGUCACGUGCGGGAGACGUAGUCGCGGCGUCCGGGGCUACUGCGAGCCGUCCCUGCUGCCGCUAGCGGACGCCUCAGGGGCCUCAUGGCCGCAUCGUUGACCUGCCUCAGCGCUGGGCCUGCAGCCUCAAGGCCCUCGGGCUGGAGCUGCCACCUCCUGGUGCUGAUACUGCUGAACUCCGGUUACAAAGGAGAGAACACCAAACCAGCUUGUGGCAAACCCUGGUGGCCGAAGAAUUUGGACGUGACCCGCCAUUGGCCCUGGGAGGUGAGCCUCCGAGUGGAAAAUGAGCAUGUGUGUGGAGGAGCCCUCAUUGAUCUCGACUGGGUAGUGACUGCUGCCCACUGCAUCCAAGGCACAAAAGAGUAUUCAGUGAUUCUCGGCACCUUCAAGCUGAAGCCCACGGACUCCACGAGGGCCCUCUUGAUCCCUGUGAGGGACAUCAUUACGCACCCCAAGUACUGGGGCCAGAACUUCAUCGCGGGUGAUGUUGCCCUCCUCCAGCUUCACACUCCUGUCGUCGUCAGCAAGUACGUGCAGCCCAUCUGCCUCCCGGAGCCCAACUACAACCUGAAGGUUGGGACGCAGUGCUGGGUGACUGGCUGGGGCCAGGUUAAACAGCGCUUCUCAGCCAACUCCACACUGACCCCAGCGUUGCGGGAGGCCGAGGUGUUUAUCGUGGACAACAAGAUUUGUGACCGGAUUUACCGCAAGAAGUCCCUCAUCCCCCGCGUUGUCCUGGGGGACAUGAUCUGUGCCACCAAUUAUGGAGAAAACUUGUGCUAUGUGAGUUUCUGGGAGGUUCUGGCAGCUCUCCUUCGGUUGGGAUGACCCCAGGUGGGGGGCAUUUCCCCAGGGGGAGGUUUGCUUGGCCUCCCUCUUUGUCAUCAUCAUCAGGUAGUGCUCUGCUCCCAUCUGCCUUCCCCGUGACUUUGAUUUUGCCUGAUAUUCUGGGAUGGGAUCCCCAACUGAGGAGUGAAGGAGGACUCCAGGUAGUGAGAUCCUCAAGGAAUGAAAGAAGCUUCCAAGCAGAACUCAGAGGGUGGGCAUUCUGGGUCCCCCAAUCCCUUGGGUCCCAGCUGGGUCCAGAGCCUCCAUCACUCCUCUCUCUUUGCCUAGCGGGGACCCUGGGGGUCCGUUGGCUUGUGAAGUCGAGGAUAGAUGGAUUCUUGCUGGGGUGUUUUCCUGGGAAAAGGCCUGAGCCCAAGUACAUAAUCCAGGAGUGUACACCCGUAUCACCAAAUACAGCAAAUGGAUCAAGAAGCAAAUAAGCAAUGGGGUUCUCUCAGUCCUCUGCACCUCCUCCUGGCUCCUACUUCUGUCCUGGCUGCUGCAGCCCCAGAUGGGCCCCUGAUCUCCCUUCUCCUUUCUUCUCUGUGCUUUGCCUUUGCCAAAUGGGGCCAGAUCAAGGUUAGAUCAAGGUCAUGGGUCUGUAAUCAACAAAGAUCAAGGUGGGAAAAGAGUGGCCCCUGGGAGACUGGGUCCUGCUUUGACCUCCUAGUGGGGAGGAUGUGGUGGAUGACUAGGCUUUGAGUGACCAGGAGAAGGAAAUUGUGGCCUAGAAGGGCUUUGGAAUUGGGGACCAGGAUAGCAGGGAUUAUAUCUGUGCAAACAUGAGCUGGCUCUGUUCUCUUUUCUGGGUGGCCCCCAGGUGUUGGGGGUUGGUGCGUGGGUAAGGCCUCCUGGAAUUAAUUCUGCCAGCAGGCUCUUCAGAGUGGGGACUGAUGGUUUUUGCUAUAUCACUUGUGCUGGGGCUUUGGGAAAGGGCCUGGGCCUGAGGCAUCAGUUUCCUCAACUGGAAAUUGGGCAUGCUGUAAGAGAGCAGUUGAGACAUGCACUGUAGGUGACAGUAGGAAGGACCCACAUAUCGUGCUCCAAAAUCAGCUUUCUUUUUUUUUUAAAAAUGGCAUUAAAAAAAAAAAAAACUGAUUAUAAAAGUU